CAACGAUCUCCAUGCUGCACCGUGCAUCUAUGCCUAGUUUUCUUACCCUCCCUCCACCAUAAAUACGCACCCAUCUGCAACAUAGAUCACCAAACAUAUCGACCAAUCCCUCUUCCAGUCAAGAAAAAAGGAAGAUUACACCAACAAACAAACUAGCUAGCCAAUGGCCUCUUUGUCCUCUUUCCGGCUCGCCGUGGCGGUGGCGGCACUGUUGGUUGUUGGCUCCUGUGCCACUGAGCUCACCUUCAAGGUCGCUGAGGGCUCUAGCGCCAAAAGUCUAGAGCUUGUCACUAAUGUUGCCAUCUCUGAGGUGGAGGUCAAGGAGAAGGGCGGCAAGGACUGGGUGGCGCUCAAGGAGUCGUCGUCUAACACCUGGACGCUCAAAAGUGAGUCGCCGCUCAAGGGCCCCUUCUCUGUCCGCUUCCUUGUCAAGAAUGGCGGCUACCGUGUCGUCGACGAUGUCAUCCCUGGAAGCUUUACAGCUGGCUCUGAGUACAAGAGUGGAAUCCAACUCUAAGUAACAGACAUGUGUACUCUUGUUGGGUCACAUGCGAAAUAUGAACAUCUAAAUAAUCCUCUCUUAAAAGAGAUCGUGUCAUGUUUGAGUGAGCAAAUAAUUAUUAUUUUUGGUUAUUUUGUUGUAAUAGGCCGAUGGCAACAUAAGGCAUACAUGUGUCCUUCCAAAAUAUUGCUGCGGAGCUGUAUGUGAGCAUUGUUUGGAAUAUAUGUCAUUUAUAUAAGAUAUAUGGAAAAAAGUAUAUUUGGUCAACUUUCAUUAA